UUUUGAUCAGACGAUAGACUUUAAAAGUAUCCUUUGAAAAAUAUCCUUUGAAGGGAGGAAAAAUGUGCAAGGACAUCGAUUCAGAGACAAACUUAUUAGCGAAAUGCACAAAAUCCACAAAGACAACAGGCGGAAAGCUGGCGAAAAUCGUGCCACAAAAACAGCUAGCAGCUAAGCGGGAAAGCGAAAGGCAGCACAAACUUUACAAGGAGCAGGAGCAGGAGAAACAGAGCCAGGACAUACUGGAGGAGCAGGAGCAGGAGCAGGAGCAGCAGCAGGAGGAGGAGCAGCAUAAUCAGCCUCGCCAACCAGGACAUCAAAUAGAGCAAACGGCAAUGGAAACAAAUGAAGAGACGCAGCACGAACAGGCGACCAAAUGCAAGGACAAACACAAACACCAGAGGCAGCAGCAGCAUCAGCAUCAGCAGCAACAUGUCCUGGUCCUGGUUCUGGCCCUGCUGGUCCUAGCCCUGCUGGUCCUCAUGCCCACGGGCACCGCAGCCUCCAUGAUGACACCUUCAGCCAGGAUCUCCAGUGCCAAAGGCACGGCACGUGAGCUUCUCUUCACGGAGAUGGGCAGUGGCAUCCAGACUACUGGAGGAGGAGGAGGAGCUCCAGGAGGAGCAGGUGCAGGAGCAGGAGGAGGCGGCACAGGAGUAGGAGGAGGAGGUGGAGCGGCCGGCAUCGAAUGUCCCAGCUUCGACAACACCGCCUGUCCCUGCUACAAGUUUGAGGAUGGACUCUUCCUGGAGUGUCCUGGCACCACAGCAAUAUCCCUGCGCUCAACCCUGGAACGCAUUUCGGCGCCCAUACACUCGCUGUCCAUUUACGACUUUGACCGCUCGGUGACAUCCCUCUCGCAGGACGUCUUCCAACCGGGCGUCCACAUCCGUCACCUGCAGUUCUCCCACUCGCACCUGGAGGCCCUCAAGGACAACAGUUUGCGCAAUGUACGCCCCAGCCUAGAGUCCCUGAGCAUUGUCAAUGGGAAACUAACGCAGAUGCCCUCCCGUGCUUUGAGCGCCAUGCAGAAGCUAACAGCUCUGGACUUUGACUACAACGAGAUUGUCCGCGUGGAGGACUACAGCUUCUAUGGACUGAGGCUCUCCAAGCUCAACAUCAAAGGCAACCGACUGCAGGGCAUGCCGGAGCAUGCUUUCGCCGGCUUGGAGGAAUGCCUCCAGGAGAUCGAUGUCUCGGAGAACGGACUGCGCACUUUCCCGCUGAUGGCGCUACGCAAAUUGGAUCAUUUGAGGAUCCUGAGGCUGUCCAACAAUCGGAUACCCACCUUUUAUGGUGACAUUCAGUUGGCCACCAAUAAUGCUACGGCUGCUGCCGCUGCCGUGGGUUCCUUUCAGUUGCCAUCGUUGAUUUUUUUGGACCUUAGCUCCAAUCAGUUUGCCGAAAUCGGUGACGAUUGCUUCCGGGCUUUUCCGCAGCUGAAGACGCUCUCGUUUUAUGCAAAUCAAAUUGAGCUGGUGCAGCCGGAGGCAUUCAAGAGUCUGAGGGAGCUGAUGUCGCUGGAUAUGUCGCACAAUCGGAUUGUGACGCUGGAUGCCAAGGUUUUUGAGAGGAACAAGCGACUGCAGACGGUGGAUCUGAGCCACAAUCACAUCCAUGCCAUUGGCGGGGUCUUCUCCGAUUUGCCGCAGCUGCGCGAGGUGUUUCUCAGUGAGAAUAAUAUUUUGGAGCUACCGGCGGAUGCCUUUACCAACUCCACCAAUGUGGAUGUGAUUUAUUUGGAGGCGAAUGCCAUUGCCCACAUCGAUCCGAAUGUUUUUAGUACUCUGGUGAAUCUGGAUCAUCUGUAUUUGAGGUCCAACUUUAUACCCUUGCUGCCGGUGACUCUGUUCGACAAGAGCACCAAGCUAACCUCUUUGUCGCUGGACAAUAAUGAGAUCCAGGAUCUGGAGAUUGGCAUGUUCCGGAAGCUGGAGCAUCUGCGAGAGGUGAGGCUGCACAACAAUCGCAUCCGAAGGGUGAGGAAGGGUGUGUUUGAGCCUCUGCCGGCACUCCAGGAGCUGCAUAUCCAAAAGAACAGCAUCGAGGAUAUUGAGCCGCAGGCUUUUUACACUCUUGAAAAUAUGCAGCAUAUUAAUCUGCAGGAUAACCAGUUGACUGUGCUGGAGGAUAUCUUCCCGGAGGAUAACUCCUCGCUGCUGUCCGUCCAACUGGAGGCCAACUAUCUCCACAAAGUGCAUCCAAGGACAUUCAGGCGCCAGGGCAAGGUGGAGAUCAUGUGGCUAAGGGACAAUCAAUUGGUUCGCGUGGAGAGAUCUUUCUUUGCCGACACCCCACAGCUGGGCAGACUCUAUCUGAGCGACAAUCGCAUUAGGGACAUUGAGAAGGACACCUUUGGAAGUCUGCUGCACUUGCAGUUCCUUGAUCUUAGCGGAAAUCAACUAAGGCAGCUGCGCAGGGACUACUUUGCCCCUCUACAGGGUCUCGAGGAGCUGAGCCUGGCUCGGAAUCAAAUCGAAGCCAUCGAGGGCUAUGCCUUUGCCAAGUUAAAGAAUCUCAAGUCACUGGAUUUGUCGCACAAUCCUCUGGUUCAGCUCACCAGGGACAUCUUCCUGGAUGAACUGCCCCUGAAUGUCCUUAGUCUGGCCAACUGUUCGCUGCGCAAACUGGAGCAGCACACCUUCAAGGCUCUGACCAAUCUCAAUGAGCUGAAUCUGGAGCGGAAUCAAUUGAAUCCCGCGGAUAUCCAAAAGCUGGACAUACCCAAUCUGCGGCGUUUGCAGCUUUCGCACAACAACUUUAGUCAUGUGGGUUUGGGCGGCACAACUGGAGGGAUUAUGGCCGGGAUGUUUGACCGCCUGCGCUCCCUCCAGCAACUGGCCAUGGCCAACUGUAGUUUGGGGCAGAUACCGGAUUUGCUGUUUGCCAAGAACACCAACCUGGUGCGACUGGAUUUGUGCGACAAUCGGCUGACGCAGAUGAACAGGAAUAUUUUCAGCGGCUUGAAUGUCUUCAAGGAGCUGAAGCUGUGCAGAAAUCAGCUAUCCGAGUUCCCUCACAUUGCUUUGUAUAAUCUGAGCACACUGGAGAGCUUGGACUUGGCCAGAAAUCAACUGGCUUCUAUAGAUUUCUUCAAGCUAAGUGGAACCCUCAAUCUUCGCCAACUGAUCCUCAAGGAGAACAAGAUCACGGCUCUCAGUGGCUUUAAUGCAGUGAAUCUCACCCAGUUGGACAGUGUGGAUCUGAGUGGGAAUCUUUUGUUGUCUUUACCAGCCAACUUCCUGAGGCAUUCUAUAAAUUUACAAAAGGUGGACUUGUCCAGCAAUCGAUUCCUGCAAAUACCCUCUUCCGCUCUAUCGGAUGUCUCGAUUCCUCGCUUGUCCUGGCUAAAUCUAACCGGAAAUCCCAUUAACCGGAUUUAUACCGUCAAGGAGGAACGGUAUCCCUAUCUCAAGGAGCUGUACAUCUGCCAGACGAACCUCUCCAUACUCACAUCCAAGGAUUUUGAGGCUUUCCAGGCCCUGCAGCAUCUCCAUUUGGUGAACAACCGGAUCACCAGAAUCUCGCCGGGUGCCUUUAAGUCGCUCACCAAUCUCCUCACCCUCGAUCUGAGCGUCAACGAGCUGGAGAUGCUGCCCAAGGAGCGGUUGCAGGGAUUGAAGCUCCUCAGGAUCCUUAAUAUUUCGCACAACACCCUCAAGGAUCUGGAGGAGUUCAGCUCUGAUUUGUCAGAGAUGCAGACUUUGGAUCUGAGCUUCAAUCAGCUGGAUCGCAUCUCGAAGAAGACGUUCCGCAAUCUGCAUGGCUUGGUGGAGCUGCUGCUCAUGGGCAACCGGAUGACGGUGCUGUCGAAUGAUGCCUUUCGGUUCCUGCGAAAGCUUCAUGUGCUCGAUCUGCGCAAGAAUUACUUUGAGCUGGUGCCCCUGGAUCCCCUAAGGCCGCUGGAAACGAAUCUGAGGACACUGAAACUGGAGGAGAAUCCACUGCAUUGCAGCUGCGAUGCCCAAAAGCUCUGGGAAUGGCUAAGGGAUCAUCGUAAAUGGUCCCUGCCCGCGACCGGAGGCAGCAGCGGCAGCGGCGGUGGAGUGACCCUGGGCGGUGGACUCUCUGGCGGCGAUGCCAUUAAUUACCUGAGGUGCGAACACCCAACGGAGCUGCGGGGCAAAGUGUUUGGCCGCAUGGAGCCGCAGCAGUUCUGCGAUGCCCCGCUAAUACCCAAAAUGGCCAUCCAGGACAUUCAGCCCUAUUCGGUGGUCGUUUCCUGGCAGAGUCGCGACCAUUUGGGACUCACCGGUUUUGAAAUUGUUUACCAUGCCACCGGCGAUGGUCUGGCACCUGCUUCUGGUACGGAUCGGGAGAGGAAUGAUCCGGAUAGGGAUCGAAAUCGAAGCGAGCAGGAGCAGGAGCGGGAACGGGAGCGAGAGCGAGAGCGAGAGAGGGAGAGGGAACGGGAUCGGGACAGGGAGCGUUUUCCCAUAGCCACGGAUGAGAUCCAUGGAAAGCGCCUCAAUGGCUCCGCCAGCUCCACGAAGCUCACCCGUCUGAGUCCCAAUACCCGGUAUCACAUCUGCGUCAUCGGUAGCGGUAAUUGGCUCUCAGAGCCUCUGGCCAAUGCUCUCCAGCGGCUCCAUGCCAACGAGUCGAUGCGCGAGGAUGAGUCCAUGAUGAUGAUGUCAGCGGGAGUGCCUCUACCGGACUCUUACUCGCCGUACCAGCACCAUCAGCAACAGCAACAUCAACAGCAUCAGCAGCAUCAUCUUAAUCUCAAUCUAAAUCAAGAUCUCGAUCUGGACAUGACCAACACCAUAGCCACGGAUAAUGGUGCCCUCAUGGAGGUUCUAAAGAACUCCCACAUCUCGGCCUGCACAGAUGUCCAGACGCUGGACUCUACGCCCAGCCUGGUCACCGAUGAGAAUGGUCUGUCCAGCAAUGGGUUCAUCCAUUCGAUACUGACCCGUCGUCUGGGUCUCAUUGUUGGCUGCUGCCUGGGCAUCAUUGUAUUCAUCGUAAUGAUCUCUGUCCUGAGCUAUGUCAAGCUGAAGAAGCAGCGUAUUGAGAAUGCCAAAAGACAGGCUGCCUUGCCGCCGGAAUAUAUAUCCUAUAGGCAUUUUUCUAUACCCAAUGAGGAGCUGACCAGGACAGCGGCCAAUGCUGCCAAUGCAGCAGCAGCUGCUGCAGCAGCAGCCGCAGCAGCAUCAGCGGCAGCAGCAUCAGCAUCGUCAUCGUCUGGCAAUGCGGCCAGUUCACCGCACAUGUCCAGUGUGCCCAGCGGCAUUAGUGCACACAUUAGUGGGACCAGUUUGAGCACGGGAACAGGCACUACCAACACCACCACUGCCACCACGCCCAUUGGCGGUGUGCCCAUUCUGGGCGGAGGCGUUGGUGUUGGUGGUGGUGCCGCUGUGGUGGUGCCUUUGGGCAAGGCAGGCAGUCCUCUGGUGGGUCUCGUGGUGGACUCUGGCUCCGUGGAGGCAGCAUCAACUGCUCAUCAUAGCAGCCACAAUCACAGCCACAGCCAUGCUGGCCAUGCCCAUGCACACGCCGCCGCCCACCGUCAGAAUAACGGUUACAUGGCAGCGGGCGUCGUCCUCAACACCAAUCACCUGAGCGUGUGUUAGUCUC